CCAUUACACGCGCGCGCGUUGCGCCUGGCAAGUAGAGAAGAAGUGCAGGUACAGUGAGCUGUAUCAGUAUCAGCAGUAUCAUUAAGCUGCUUUCUUGUGUCGGCCUGUCCUCCAGUCCUUCCGACUUCAGCACCACUGCACCGUCGCUAUGUCUCUACCCACCGUGUCCCGGUUGUUUAGGAGCGCGCUGAGGACUCCGCUGGUCUCUGUGGCUAAUGUGGCGUCCAAACCUGCCAAAAACAAUAUCAGUGCAGGGGAGCAGGCAAUAGCUCUGACAGUCAUGUUUAUGACCAUCCUGGGUCCCUCCAGCUGGAUACUGGCUCACCUAGAGGACUACAAGAAGAAGCAGUAGAAGAGGAGGAAGAUGAAGAAGAGGGAGAACAGAGUCAUUCUGGCACAGAUGAAGAUACAGACCAGAAAGCCAGUCAGCCCAGCUCCCUCCAGAUCUCUCACUCUGCUCCAUCUUUCCUCAGCUGAUGAGAUGAUAUGUUAUUUCUUCACUUCUGACCUGUGAUAAUGUACAUCUAAUCUGUGCAUUUGUCAGCAUCUUACCAAUAAACACAUAUUCAGUGUUAAGAAAA